UAAUAAAAAAAGCCUUUUUCUCCUUUAUCUGACGGCCCACGUUUCACCACCACCCCUCCGUUCCAUUCUCCUUUAUAAAUAUCCCCCGUUAAGGCGAGAACUUGCAUUAAGGUCGCACUUGCAAGUUCUCGCCACUCAUUGGAUUUUCUUCGAGACUUCGAUUCACUCUCGAACAUCGCCGGAACAAAUGGCGUACAUCUCAGUGAGUUCGAGCAAUAACUGGACUCUUUCUCUUAAGCUUGUAUUGAUCUCUACCGGUGUGUUAUCCCUAGCUGCGAUGUUGAAGCUUUCGCUUCCAGUGGUAUCGGAUUUCGUUGCCUAUGAAAUCCCUUCUAUUUGGAGCUGUGUGUUGUCAUGGCUGAGGCCUCCGUACCUCUAUAUCAUCAUCAACUUCAUCAUCGUCAGCAUCCUCGCCUCCUCCAAGCUCCAGCAGAAACACGACGAUCUGGCGCCUGAUAUGCCGGUUGGUCAACCACCUCCGACAAAGGUCUCCGGGAUUGUAGUGGAUGACACUGUUAUUUACGGAGACGGCGUCGUUUUCAGUGAAUACGGCUACGUCGGGCAGAAGGUUUCGAUUUCUGAGGCGCAGGUAGUGGAUACGGAGGGUGUGUGGGAACGAGUGGAUCAGAAGAAGGCCGUGAGCGAUGAGAUGUUGGCGAACAGAGGCGAUGAGGCCGGGGAGCUGGAGAGGAAAGAUUCGUUGGAGGUUUUGUUUUCGAGUAAAGAGAGAGAGAAACCGCCGGUUUCUACCAAAUUCGCUCAUCGAAAGCCUCUGAAAGCCAAUCCUGAAGCGGGGAAGGCCUUGAGAGUGUCAAAGCCGAAGAGGCAGGAGACGCUGGAGAACACGUGGAAGACGAUAACGGAGGGCCGAUCCAUGCCGUUAACGAGGCACUUGAAGAAGUCGGACACGUGGGACUCGUACGUGCGGCGUAAACAGCCAGCGGAUGAGAACACACCUCCGAAGAUGAAAAAAUCCGAGACAUUCACCGACCGAAGCGGCAACUCGUCGCUGAGUCCGUCGCCUGGCUCGGGGCGACUGAAGAGGGAACCGUCACCGAGUCAGGACGAGUUGAACAGGCGAGUGGAGGCGUUCAUCAAGAAGUUUAACGAGGAAAUGAGGUUGCAGAGACAGGAAUCCUUGAAUCAGUACCAUGAGAUGAUACGCCGCGGUGCCCACUAGAAACUUUACUAGAAAACAACCAGUUCAACGUACGUAGAAGGUGUCUUUUUCUUUUUCUUUUUUGGUUUUCUGGGCAAUUUGGUAGAAUGAUAAUGCUAGUGAGGCCUGUAAAGGCAGAAAUUAUAAAAUUUGUUCAUUUCCCAAA